AUGCUGCUCUGCCUGGCAGAGCCCGCCCAGAUAACAGAAGCUGUGAGGGUCCUGGACCUGCCCACCCAGGAACCCCAAGUGGGGGGGGGCACCUGCUAUGCCUAUGGCUGGGGCAGCAUCGAACCAGAUGAGUUUAUACACUCAAGGAAUCUCCAGUGUGUGGACCUCAAACUCCUAUCCAAUGAUGUAUGUGACGAACUUUACCUUCGGAAGGUGACAGACUUCAUGCUGUGUGUUGGGUUCUUGGAAGGUAAAAAGAACACCUGCCUGGGUGAUUCAGGGGGUCCCCUGGUAUGUAAUGGCAUGUUUCAAGGUAUCACAUCAUGGGGCAGUAAGCCAUGUGCCAGAUGUAAAAAGCCCACCUUGUACAGCAAGCUGAUGCCUCAUCUGAAGUAG